AUGGAAAAUAAUGAAGAAAAGGAUAUAAAUAAUAAUAACAGUACAACUAAUAAUAAUAAUAAUACUACUACUACCACUACUAAUAAUAACAUAAAUAAAAAUAAUAAAAUUAUUACCAAUAAUACUUCAUCUAAUAAAUUAAAUAAUGACCAAACCUCACCAAUAAAUAAUCAAACUUCACAACCAAAUAUAUCUUCAACCGAAGUUAUUAAAACAUUUGAACAUUUACUUAGAAAAUCACAAAGACUAUUUAUUGGAUUAAGAGAUCUUCCUCAAUUCGGUAGACAAUGGCAACCAUUCUUUCAAAAAACCUUUGAACUCUAUACCAAACUUUGGAAAUUUCAACAACAAUAUAGAUCAAUUUUAGAGGAUAAAAACAAAUAUGGUUUAAAAAGAUGUGAAAUUGGCGAAAUAGCUUCAAAAAUUGGGCAAUUAUAUUAUCAUUAUUAUUUGAGAACAAGCGAUACAAACUAUUUAAAUGAAUCAUAUAUUUUUUAUGAAGCAAUUAGGUUAAGGUCAUAUUUCAAAGAUGUUUCAAAUGAUAAAACACCAGAUAUGAUGGUAAAACAAUUACGUUUUUAUGCAAGAUUUAUUGUGGUUUGUUUAUUAUUAAAUAGAAAGAAAGUAGUAUUUGAAUUAAUCGAUGAAUUAUGCAGACAUGUUAACGAUUACACUAAAAUAUAUAAAGCAUCAGAUGCUCAAGAAUGGAGCUUGGUACUUCAAGAAAUAUUUUCAUUCCUUCAAGCAGAUCAAUGUGUCACAUUUUCAGACUCCUCCAUACAAACCAAUAACCAAUCACACCGUUUAAAUCCAAGUCAUUGCCAAGUACCUUCACCUUUUGAAUCACAACAAAUCUUACAACAAGCAAUUUUAGUUGGCAGCCAAUUAAAUCAGAUUAAAUUUAGUGAAAUUACUUUGGAUAUGUUUAGAAUGACUCAAUCAUUAGAGUAUGAACCAGAUUCAAUUAAAGAAUCAACGGGCAAUGAUAAAUCAAAGCAAUCACAACAAAAUAAACAAGAAAUGAAUCCAAGUGACCAACUCCAACAACUUUAUCAACAAUUCCAACAACAACAACAAAUUCAACAAAUAAAAGAGAAAAGAAAGAAUCCCCAUAAAUAUCUUUUAUAUAGACCAACCAUUUCACAACUUUUAUUAUUUUUAUCUUAUUCAUUUAAAGAAUUGGGUGAAGGUAAAGCGCUUCUUCUUUAUAUUUCAGCUGAUGGUUUUACAAAUAUUCAAGAUAAUAACAUCUAUUCUACCAAUAGUACUGAAGCAAAUACGACAAACUCAAAUACAUCAAUAACUCCAAUAAAUGACUCAAAUCUAUUAUAUAACAAACUAUAUUCUAAAGGUUUAACUUUAACAAUGCAAAGACAAACUAUAAAUUCACCAAAUACAACGAUAAAUAAUGGUGAUAAAGUCGCAACCACUACCUCACCAGUAAUAACAACCACUUCAAAUAAUUCAAUCCAUACUAACAUCACUACCAAUACUAAUAAUAAUAAUAAUAACAAUAACAAUAAUAACAACAAUAAUGAUAAGAAAUAUAAUGAUUUACCUUUCAAUACCAAAAGUGAAUCACUUUAUCCAAUGGAUCUUUUACCAUUCUGUAGAAAGCCAUUCUUUUUAAUUGUAAAUUCACACUCAAGUGAUAUUUUUAAUGAUUUACCAACUUUUAAUCAACCAUUUGUUUCUUUACUUUCUCCUCAAUCAAUUCCAAAAGUUGUUUUAUCAAAUUUAAAAUCUGGUAAUAUAUUUACAUUCUUUUUGCAUGACCCAAUUAGUGCAUUUUGUGAUAUAACAACUGGAAAUAAAAUACCAACCAAAACAUUUAACAAUAUUGGAACCAUUGCCCAAAACACAUUAGAGGCAAUUUCAAAGUUACUAUUUGAAUGUAAUAAUCUCCAUCCAUCGUUCCAAUAUUUCCUUUUGGAUGACUUUUUAAGAUCAUUUAUCGUUAGAUUUAUUUUUUGUCACGCAACAUUUUAUUUACACAAAGAAUUUCAAGACAAUAAUUACCAAGUUAAAUCAAACCCACCAUUACCAAAAUCAAUUCUUUAUAAUCAAUCCAUACUCGAUUUGAUCAUUAGUAUGUCAACAGAAUUAGGUGUUACUGAUCAGUUUUUAACCAUAAACUCUAUUUCUAAAAACAAUAAUGAAUAA